AGUUUGUGGAAGAGAGGGGUGAGUAUCUGUUAUCUGUUUCCGCCAUUUUAGAAAGAAAAGGAAACAGUGAACUUCCCGUGAUUUGUAUUUCCACCUAUCUUUUUCUCUUUCCCCAUUCACUUCGCAGCCACUGUCUCUCGUGCCCUAACCCUCCAAAAGCAGAAUCUCCCUUUCCUUCUCUUUCUCUUUGCACUUCCACCCUAGUUUUUCUUCUCCCUUCGGAAUCAAAAUUGUCCGGGUCUUCCAAUCAACUCUAGUUGAGCGUAUUCUGAAAGCAUCUUUCUUUCCUAUUUUGAUCUCCUUGUCUGUUACUGCAAUCAGGAUUGGGGUGCUUCAUCCCGAGUUUUUUAAAGGCCUCUCUUUGUUUUUCUUGCCAUUCAAUUCUGCAAUCAUUAUGGUCGAGGACAACUUUGAGGGAUAUGUGACAUUCUAUCUCUACUCAGUGCUUUUCUACCUUCGAACUAUGUUAUCAGAAAUGGGUUAGUAUAACUUUGUGAAUUAAUAUCUAGAUUUGUUAGUGUUGGAAUGAAUUUGGGGGAGAUGGAUACUCUUCCCAGCACUUCUGAGAUUGUUGAAUCAAUUGAAGGGUUGGAAAAUGAAUUGAGUAUGGGUGGGAGAAAUGGAAAGCAUAUUAUGCCAAAUUCAGGAAAUAAGUAUUCCAUAGAGGAUAAUAUCAACCGUCUCUUUGAGGCAAUUGAUAUCAGAACCUCAGCUAGCAGAGAUGGUUUAAGAAAAAGUGCCAUGAAAAGACCUGUUAGAGCUGGCUCAUCUCAAGCAUCAGGAAUUGGAAUCUCAGAGCAUGUGAGUCUAAAACAGGCACUCAGGGGACUAUGCAUCUCUCAAGCAUCAGAGAUGGCUGCCAUGAAGAAGAAACUAUUAAAGCCAUCAGGUUCUUUAGGAGUCUCUGAAGCAGGAGCUAUCAAAAGAUUAUAUAGGACAGUAGUAGUUGAGGCUAAUGGAUCUGGCCUUCGUUUGAAUGAAAGUAAAGGAAAUUUGGUUAAAAUCUCCCUUAUACCAGAAAAGGUCACAUCUUAUUCUUCUGAAGAUAUGAUAGAAUCUCUGCAAGUGCCUUUUACAGAGUUUCCUAAUCAAAGUACUCAUUCUUCUUCUCCAUCUGAUAGUGCGACAAAAUUAAAGGCAGUCAUGACCAAAUUACCUUCAUUGGAUCAGAUUGUGCCUUUGGAAACAGUAUCUGGAAGUAAAGUAUCAAAUGCAGGGUUUAGCACGAAAAAUUUGAGACAUGAUGCUCCUCCUAUCUGCAAUGGUGAGAAAGUACAGGAGUUAGAAGUGAUAUCUCCUGCCUGGACCGAUGUUCCAGCCAAACCUUCAAUUCCAGAUGGAGAUCAAAAAGACAAGCUCCAUAGUGGAGCUCUUCUGAAUAGUCCUAUUGUGUAUAGUAAGGUAAACAAUUCUGUUAGCAACACUCCGCGGUUACUAAAACCAGUCUUCAGGAACAAAAGCUUCAUCAAGAGAAAAGUGAAGCAGGGUUCAACUUUUUGCAGCAGCAGCCAUCCUUUCAAUGGAAAUGUCAGUAAUGAUUUGGGUCCGAGCACAAGUUACUCAGACUGCAGGUCAACCAACCAUACAGCUAAGGAUGAAAGUGAAGAAAAUCUGAAAGCCUCCCCAGCAUCCAGCAGCAAAAAUAAUAGUAUAGAAGUCAAUUCAAACACUGUGGACACAUGUGGAAGCAAACCAGAGAUUAGUUUGAACUGUGGUAACCCAAUCAAACUCACAGUAGCAAAAGCUGAUGAAAGAUCAAGGUUCAGAGAAAAGGGAGAAUUCUCCCAGAGUUCAAAAAGUAGCAUCGGUGAUUAUAGCAGCACAACAAGCAUUAGUGAGGAAAGCAGUCUAAGUGGGUCUAAUCGUAUUGGCAGUAGGCCUCAUAUGUCAAAAGAUGCAAGGUGGGAAGCAAUUCACCUUGUUCAGAAGCAGUAUGGCAGCCUGGGCUUGAGGCAGUUCAAGCUGCUGAGAAAACUUGGUUGUGGGGAUAUUGGGACUGUAUAUCUUGCUGAGCUCAUGGGUACAAAUUGCUUAUUUGCUUUGAAAGUGAUGGACACUGAAUUUUUGAUGAGUAGGAAAAAAAUGCCAAGGGCCGAAACUGAAAGAGAGAUUCUGCAAAUGCUAGAUCAUCCAUUUCUUCCUACACUUUAUGCUCAUUUUGCAACAGAGAAGCUGUCUUGCUUGGUUAUGGAGUACUGUCCAGGUGGUGAUUUACAUGUGCUGCGGCAGAAACAACCAUGCAGGAGUUUCUCAGAACAUGCAGCCAGAUUUUAUGUUGCUGAAGUUCUUCUCGCAUUGGAGUACCUUCACAUGCUUGGUGUUGUAUAUCGAGAUUUGAAACCAGAAAAUAUCCUUGUUCGAGAAAAUGGUCACAUAAUGCUCUCAGAUUUUGAUUUGUCUCUCAGAUGUGUGGUGAAUCCAAUACUGCUUAAGUCAUCUCCACCUACCCAAGAACCUGCAAAAAAGAUUUCGAGCCCUUGCACUGGGGAUGGUUGUAUUGACCCUUUCUGCCUUCAUCCAUCCUUUCAAGUUCCAUGUUUCACUCCAAGACUCCAAUCAGUUUCGGCAAAACCCCGAAGAGUAAAAGUUGAUGCGGGUGCUCAAGUAAGUCCGUUACCUCAGGUUGUAGUGGAGCCAACCAGUGCCAGAUCAAACUCAUUUGUUGGGACACAUGAAUACUUGGCCCCAGAGAUCAUCAAAGGUGAAGGACAUGGGAAUGCUGUUGAUUGGUGGAUGUUUGGAAUCUUCCUGUUUGAGCUCUUGUAUGGUAAAACGCCCUUCAAGGGCUCUGGAAAUGAUGAAACGCUAUCCAAUGUGGUGUCUCAGAGCCUCAGGUUCCCUAGUACCCCCGUAGUUAGUUUUCAUGCCCGGGAUUUGAUCAGAGAUUUGCUGGUAAAGGAACCUGAGAAUCGACUUGGAUCUGUCAAAGGAGCAGCAGAAAUCAAACAACACCCUUUCUUUGAAGGACUUAAUUGGGCUUUGAUACGGUGUGCGACACCACCGGAGCUGCCUAGGUUCUGUGACACAGGAACUGGAGCAGGUACGACAGUGCACAAAAAGGAGAGCUACAAAUGCGAUGAAUUGCUGCGUGUAGAAGAGCAAAUUGAGUUCGAGAUGUUUUAACUAAAGUGCAGAAGACAAAUUGCGUUUGAGAUGUUUUAACUAGAGCUAAUGGAUAACGUCGAGAGGAAGAUCUUUGAGUUUUUGUUUCAACUGAUAUAAUAGCAAAUAGUGUAUAUGUACUUUCGGAAAACUGCUGGCUAGUACCAUACAUGUAUCUAUUUAUAUAUACUAUACUAGUAGUUGACACUGCAAACAUCUGGUGUACUGCUUCUCCAUGCUUUAAAUGAUUAUAAUCUCACAAGUUUUGCA